GACGGGUGGGGGGAGCUCGGUGGCCAGACUCCUCACAGCUACCUGGCGGUGCACUCCGCCUCCUGGAUUUCUUUCCCACCUGGGGCCUUGGAAGCCUAGCAGCCUACCUGCGGCGUCCGUACCAGACUCGGGAGCCUCAUGGCUGCAACCUGUGAGAUUAGCAACGUUUUCAGCAACUACUUCAGUGCCAUGUAUAGCUCUGAGGACCCCACGCUGGCUUCUGUUCCCUCUGCCGCCACCACCUUUGGAGCCGACGACUUGGUGGUGACCCUGAGCAACCCCCCGAUGUCCCUGGAAGAGAAGGCCAGCUGGUCCGGGGAACAGCCGCAAUUCUGGUCGAAGGCCCAGGUUCUGGACUGGAUCAGCUACCAAGUGGAAAAGAACAAGUACGAUGCCAGUUCCAUCGACUUCUCGCGCUGCGACAUGGACGGGGCCACGCUCUGCAACUGCGCACUCGAGGAGCUGCGGCUGGUCUUCGGGCCUCUGGGGGACCAACUCCACGCCCAGCUACGGGAUCUCACUUCCAGCUCUUCUGAUGAGCUCAGCUGGAUCAUCGAGCUGCUGGAGAAGGACGGCAUGGCCUUCCAGGAGGCCCUGGGGGACCCAGGCUCCUUUGACCAGGGAAGCCCUUUUACCCAGGAACUGCUGGACGAUGGCCGCCAGGCCAGCCCCUACUACGGCAGCAGCUACAGCGUGAGCGCCCUCUCCCCUGGCAGUUCCGACAUCUCCACGGCAGGGACCACCACUUCCCAGAGCCCCCACUCCUCAGACUCCGGUGGAAGUGACGUGGACUUGGACACCACUGACAGCAAAACCUUCCCCAGAAAUGGCUUUCCUGACUACAAGAAGGGGGAACCCAAGCACGGGAAGCGGAAACGAGGUCGGCCCCGAAAGCUGAGCAAAGAGUACUGGGAGUGCCUGGAGGGCAAGAAGAGCAAGCACGCCCCCAGAGGCACCCACCUGUGGGAGUUCAUCCGGGACAUCCUUAUCCACCCUGAACUCAACGAAGGCCUCAUGAAAUGGGAGAAUCGGCACGAGGGCGUCUUCAAGUUCCUGCGCUCCGAGGCCGUGGCCCAGCUGUGGGGCCAAAAGAAAAAGAACAGCAAUAUGACCUACGAGAAGCUGAGCCGGGCCAUGAGGUACUACUACAAACGAGAGAUCCUGGAGCGAGUGGACGGCCGGAGGCUUGUCUACAAGUUUGGCAAGAACUCCAGUGGCUGGAAGGAAGAGGAGCUGGUGGAGAGUCGGAACUGAGGGUCAGAUGUGGACCUGGGACUUGACGCACAGACUUGGACUGCAGGCCUGCAGCCCUGCUGGCCCCUCGUGCGGACAGGCGUGCGCCCUGCCGGGCUGUGGAGAGAAGCUCAAAC